AUGGGGCGGUUUAAAGCACGCGUAUGGCUGGGGAAGAAGGCGGAUGGAGGAGUGCCCUGCAGAACACCAGGGAAGGUUCCUAAGGAGGAGCAAGGGGAGACUGAGAGGUUGGAGAGGUUGGUGAACCGCUAUGACCGCGGCCAGAUGGCAAGAGCUGAUUGGCUGGAUGAUCUCGCCUUUGCUGCCAUUGACACCAUUCUCGAGGGGGAGGAGAAGGAACGCUCCAGGAAGCGGGGAAGCAUGGCGGCAAGAUUGGUCGUGGAGUUUCCAACGUUUGACCAUCCAGUGGCGUUUCAGGAGCUAGGCGCAGCAGGAGUGGCAGGGGUGGGCAGCGGCGGAGCAGCAGGAGGAGCCAUCAGCAGCAGUGCAAUCGGCACAGGGGCGGCACCAAUAGGCGUGGCUCCCAUCCCAGCGAGCAACGAGGUGGUGGUGCUGUGGGACCCGGAGAUAGAGCAGCGAGUCAACCCGGCAGAGGCCAAGCAGCUCAAGCUCACUCGCAUGCUCACCCGCGGUAACAUGGAGCGGGAUCUCAAGCCCAACCUCGCUGAGAGAAAGGCCAUUGCCACUAUCCUGAGUUAUCCACCCACCCAGUCGCUCUCCCCAGAGGACGUGCAGCUGCUGUGGCGAUUCCGCUUCUCCCUCACCACCGAUCGCCGCGCCCUCACUCGCUUCCUGCGCUGCGUUGACUGGAGCGAUGCGGAGGAGGCACGAGAGGGCACGGAGCUGAUGUAUGCAUGGGCUCCCAUUGACACUGCUGAUGCACUCGAACUGCUCUGCCCCACGUUCUCAUGUGAGGAGGUACGUGCAUACGCGGUGACGGUGUUGGAGCGAGCAGGAGACGAGGAGCUGAAGAGCUAUCUGCUGCAGCUCGUACACGCCCUCCGAUACGAGCGCUCUGACUUCUCCAACCUUGCGCUCUUCCUCAUCUCUCGAGGCUGCCAUAACUUUGAGUUGGCGAAUUUCCUUCACUGGUAUCUGCAGGUGGAGCGCCAGGACCACGUGUUUGCCUCGCGCUACGCCUUCGUGCAUGAUCAUCUCCUUGCCACCCUGCUCGAGUUGGGAGCAGAGGGAGCGGAGGUGCACGCGCAGCUGAUGCGGCAGUGUGAGCUGGAUCUAGCGCUGGCGGGCACCAUGCAGGCCAUCAAUGCCGUGAGGGGCAGCACUGCCCGGAAGGUGGAGCAGCUGCGCGCGCUGCUCUCUGCUGACACCGACGGCAGCCUCGCUAAUUUCGCUCAGCCUCUAGCCCUGCCAGUGGAGCCAUCGAUCCGGGUGGUGGGGAUAGCAGCAGAGGAUUCAAGUGUGUUCAAGAGCAUGCUGCAUCCUCUCAAGCUGGCGUUCAGGAAGGAGGAUGGCGGCCUGUGCCGCGUCAUUUUCAAGAAGGGAGAUGACCUGAGGCAGGACCAGCUGGUGAUUCAGAUGGUGACGCUCAUGGACAAGCUGCUCAAGAAGGAGAAUCUCGACCUCUGCCUCACGCCCUACCGCGUGCUCGCCACCGCUGCAGACCAGGGCUUCGUCGAGUUCGUGCCCUCCAUGCCCCUCGCUCAGGUAUUGGCGGAGUACCGGUCAAUAGAGCGCUACCUGCACCAGUUCCACCCGGACGCCGAGUCACCCUACGGCAUCACGCCCACCUGCCUCGACACCUUCAUACGCAGCUGCGCUGGUUACUGUGUUACCAUGCAUCUGGACAAUCUACUGCUGUGCACGGACGGGCGUCUCUUCCACAUUGACUUUGGCUACAUCUUUGGCCGGGACCCCAAGCCGUUCCCGCCGCCCAUGAAGCUCUGCAAGGAGAUGCUCGACGCCAUGGGGGGUGCAAGCAGUCCCGAGUACGUGCGCUUCCGCUCCUACUGCUGUGAGGCAUUCAACAUCCUGCGAGCCAGCAGCCGCCUCUUCCUCAACCUCUUCCACCUCAUGGCGCAUGCCAGCAUUCCUGACAUCGCCUCGCACGAUCCCGACCAGCUGCUCACCAAGUUGCAGCAGAAGUUCCGUCUUGAUCUAGACUAUGAGGUGGCACUGCAGCUCAUCCACGCACUCUUCCUGAUGCGCUCACAGGAACCACUACGCCUCCGCGCCCUCUUUUCUCCUCUCCUCCCCCCCCCCCCUACAGCUCCAGCAGAAGUUCCAUCUCGAUUCUUGCAGCAGAAGUUCCGUCUCGAUCUGGAUGACGAGGCGGCAGUGCAGUUCAUCCAGGAGCUCAUCAACGAGUCGGUAUCGGCGCUGCUGCCGCACAUGGUGGAGACGAUACAUAGAUGGGCGCAGUACUGGCGCUGA